GAGGGCACCUUGUGUUCAUCAUAGUUUUAUCGUUGUCUAAGUUUAGAUCUUGGCUCACAGACGGCUUCUCAAGUAACAAGGCUGCAGGCUCGCUCCAGCCACUGCACACUGAGACAGACGCACAGCUCCACACACGGCUUUAAAGGCAGAUGAGCAAAGCCACAGAAUAGUGGCAAGUCACAAAAAAACAAGAGGAGAGGCAGGAAAAGGCUGUUACCGCCAGAUGUUAUCACAUAACAUCUCAAACAGGAGACACAGACGGAGUCAGAGCACAAAGUGGACUAUUCUGUUUGGGAAUCAGUUUAUCUCUGCUUUCUAUUUGCCGGGACUGGACAAUGACAGAGGAAGCAGAAGUGGCAGUCGACCUCUCUGAGACCUCUGAGUCUGAGCAACAGGCUCCACAUUUUCUACAGGAUGUCAUCUUUCACGGCAAGUUUAAGCUGCUGAAGGCUCUAACCCCAGAGGAGAACACCCACUGCCAGCACGGCCUCUACUUCCAGGACGGUCAGCGGCGUGUUGACUAUGUCCUCACCUACCCUGUAAAGAAGCCGUCCGGGGGCCGCUCCAGCCGACAGUCAACGCACCUGCUCACUGAAAAUGCUGUUGCACGCAGCCUUCGUCGUGGUCCCCACAGCCGUGACGAACAUCAUCGACAUCACCAAGCACAAAGGACGAGAGACUCAUCAUCGCUGCCGUCAUCGCCAGUGGUCGACGUGGAGCUGGGCUCUCUGGGAGAGACGUGCAAUGGUCAAGAGGAUCACAAGAUGUUCAGGAGGGAGGAGUUUGAGGGGAAACUGAGAGACAUGGGGCUAGAGCUGGAGAAAGAUGAAGACUCCAAGAUUGCAGGGGUGGGCUUUGUGAAGAUUCAUGCUCCCUGGAAUAUUCUGUGUCGAGAGGCAGAGUUCAUGAAGCUGAAGAUGCCCACCAAGAGGGUGUAUGAAGUCAAGCAGUUGAGUGGUGUUGUAGAGAAGAUCAGCUCCCUGGUCAGUAAAGUUGUUGAGCCGCUCCACCCGCAUGUUGAGGAACAUCAUCCCAAGAACAUCAAACACCUGUCACACACUUUCUCCAGAGAAAAGCAACACCUGUUUGACCUCUCAGACAAAGAUUGCUUCUUUGACAGCAAAACCAGGAGUUCAAUAGUUUUUGAAAUACUAAAAAGAACAAAAUGCAAAGCCAAGUACAGCAUGGGUAUCACCAGUCUCCUGGGAAGUGGAGUCUAUACAGCAGCUUACCCUCUUCAUGAUGGAGAUAUUAAUGAAGAGAGCGCAGAGCCCAAUGACAGAAAGCUGUUGUAUGAAGAAUGGGCGAAUUACAGUGUUUUCUACAAAUACCAGCCCAUCGGACUCGUACGAAAGUAUUUUGGUGAGAAGAUUGGUCUGUAUUUUGCCUGGUUGGGUCUGUACACCCAGAUGCUGAUUCCUGCCUCUCUAGUGGGGGUCAUUGUGUUUCUGUAUGGAUGUGCAACAGUCGAUGAUAACAUACCAAGCAUGGAGAUCUGCCACCCAAAGAACAACAUCACCAUGUGUCCUCUGUGUGACAGAGUGUGCAGCUACUGGAAACUCAGCACUGCCUGUGCAACUGCCCGUGCCAGUCACCUGUUCGACAACCCCGCCACCGUUUUCUUCUCUAUAUUCAUGGCUCUGUGGGCUGCCAUGUUCAUGGAGCACUGGAAGAGGAGGCAGAUGAGACUGAACUAUGAGUGGGACCUGACUGGGUUUGAAGAUGAGGAGGAAGCUCUCAAGGAUCACCCCAGAGCCGAAUAUGAAUUCAGGGUCAUGCAGAAGUCUCUGAGCAAAGAUCCAAAAUCACAGCACAAGGUUGAGAAGCUCACAUGUCGAGACCGCCUCCCAGCCUACAUGACUAACAUUGUCAUGAUGCUGUUGAUGAUUGGUGUUACGUUUGCCAUCGUGUUUGGUGUGAUCCUCUACCGGAUCUCCACCAAAGCCGCUCUUCAUAUGAGCUCCAAUCCGGUCACACGAAGUCACGUUCAACUGACGGUUAAAACCACCGCAGCCAUCAUCAACCUGGUGGUCAUCCUCAUUCUGGAUGAGGUUUACGGAGCUGUGGCCCGAUGGCUCACUGUGUUAGAGGUUCCUAAAACAGACAAGAGUUUUGAAGAACGACUUAUCUUCAAGACCUUCAUCCUCAAGUUUGUCAAUGCUUUCACCCCCAUCAUCUACAUUGCUUUCUUCAGGGGAAGACUUGUAGGCAGACCAGGCAGCUACCUGUAUGUAUUUGAAUCCUACAGAAUGGAAGAGUGUGCUCAUGGAGGCUGUCUGAUGGAGCUGUGUAUCCAGCUGAGUAUCACCAUGUUGGGAAAGCAGCUCAUUCAGAACAACCUUUUUGAGAUUGGAGUACCCAAGCUAAAGAAGCUGAUUCGCUACAUUCGGUCAAAGCAAGUGGCUUUUCAAGAGGAGGAGAGACAGAAGAAGCUGCAGAGAUGCGAAACUGACCACUUCCUGGAACCAUUUGCUGGGUUAACACCUGAAUACAUGGAAAUGAUCAUCCAGUUUGGCUUUGUGACAUUGUUCGUGGCAUCCUUCCCUCUGGCUCCGCUCUUCGCUCUGCUCAACAACAUCAUUGAAAUACGACUUGACGCCAAGAAAUUUGUGACUGAGUUACGAAGACCAGUGGCAGCAAGAGCCAAAGACAUUGGUAUAUGGUACAACUUACUCAGAGGGGUAGCCAAUGUGGCUGUCAUCAUCAAUGCAUUUGUCAUCUCCUUCACUUCAGACUUCAUCCCUCGAAUGGUCUACCAGUACAUGUACAGCCCUGAUGGCUCCAUGCAUGGAUUUGUCAACCAUACCUUGUCCUACUUUAAUGUCAGCCACUUCCAGGAGGGCAAAGAAGCCGCGGAUCCGAUGCACCUCGGCUACCCUGUUGAGAUGUGCAGGUAUAAAGACUACAGAGAACCCCCGUGGUCAAACACUCCAUACGAGAUCUCAAAGGAAUUCUGGGCGGUGCUGGCUGUUCGACUAGCAUUUGUCAUUGUUUUCCAGAAUGUUGUGAUGCUGAUGAGCGACAUUGUGGACUGGCUGAUUCCAGACAUCCCCAAAGACAUCAGCCUCCAGAUCCACAAGGAGAAGAUCCUAUUAGUAGACCUCUUCAUGAAAGAAGAGCAAAACAAGAUCCAAACUCUGGAGAGCAUGGCCUCGACAGAGGGUAAGGAGAACUGCAGCGGGAGCAACAACAACAACAACAGCACAACAGCUCACCCACGCUCAGGACUGCACAACAGCACUAAAAGCCUCUAAUGCUACUAACUAUGAAUCUUAGUUUAGUGGAGUAGUUCUUCGUUAGCAAGUCUUGCUAGCAGCCUACUUGCUCAGGCCGACCUUAACUAUCACCCUGUUUAGACCUGGCAUCAGCAUGUAGCUCGGGUGAUCUGAUCACACCUGGAUAGCUCAAAAUAGAGGUACAAACAGCCACCAAGACGCAUUUUCUGUCCAUAUUUAUUAUAUGUUUUGUAGUAUAAACGCCAUCAUGAGGCAUCUCCGGCAAGGACCACGUCAUCGGUACAGGACGUGGUUGUGCUAAUGCGCCGUAACUUACUCAUUUUAUGUCGAGUUGGACAAAGUGUUGCGUUACCUUCCCUUGUUUUGCCUUAUGGAAGGAGACGCGUUUCUGCUGACAGCGGUUCGGACACACCUGCUAACCUUAGCAGCGAGCAUGCUACAGAGCAACUAGAAAAAGUGUGGACAUAAUAACUGUGCACAGGGCAGUAACUAAAUCUGAACACAAGUAGAGACGCAUGAAAAGGACAGGUAUGAACGGCAUGUGUCUCGGUUGUCCACUUUUGUUCGGAUCACUGAAAUGCAUGCUAAUGCCAGGUCUAAACAGGGUCUACGUGUGUUUGUCCUUGUUCAGAACAUUCCAACAUUUGGGAGAGCAGCUGGCCGAUGAGGUGUGAGUACGCGUGUACUCGCACUUGUGAAUAAGUACUUAAAUUUGUGAAUGAGUACAGGAAUCCAUAAAUGUGUUUUUAGUUUUGCAUGUGUACCAACAUUUAUGAAUGUGUACACAAAUCUGUGAAUGUAGACCCAGAUUUGAGAAUAUGUACUGCAUACUCAGAUUUGCAAUAAUUUCAUAAACCUUUCAAAUGUGCAACAUAUUUAUACAUGUGUAUAGGAAUAUGAAAAUAUGUGAAUUUAUAAAAAAAAAAAUUCAAUGUAAAUGGCUUUUUAUCAUGAAUGAAAUUUCAAAGUGGGGUUUUUACUAAACCUUUCAUAAAAUACUGACAAUGAAAUACUGUCACCAAAAAUUUUAAAUCAGGCAUUUUUAUUUAUUGAGAAUAAGAUCGUGUUGGCCUGUCGCCUGUCGCCUGUCCAUCUGUGCAUAUGUUUGGUCCAUUCUUGUGAGCGCGAUAUCUCAAGAACACUUAAAGGGAAUUUCUUCAAAUAUGGCACAAACGUUAAAGUAGACUCAAGGACAAACUGAUUAGAUCUAGGUGGUCAAAGGUCACAGUGACCUUAUAUUCGUCUCAUUCUAGUGAGUGUGAUAUCUCAAGAACACUUUGAGGGGAUUUAUUCAAAUUUGACAGAAAAAUUCACUUGAACUCA